AUGACACGAGAAGAAUUCUCAACCCACUGGUUCACAAAACACGCCCCUCUCAUUGUCCCUUUCUUCCUAGAUCUAGGUGUACAACAUUAUGAACAGGUCCGUUCCCCCCUUCUAUCAUCCCAGCUCUGUUUCUCAUCUGUUCAUCUCACGCGACCAAAACAGAUACACGGCCCUCUCACCACCACCUCACCUACCUUCACUACCCUAGUGUCAACCUACGAUGGCGCAGCCGGGAUGCCCUCUCAAUCAGACCUCCAUAACUUCCCACCUCCUUCAUUAGCGAAGUGGAAAUUGGCUUAUUACCGCGAAGUGAUAUUAGUUGACGAGCGCCGCUUCCUGGUAUCUGAGGCAAUGCAGCAUAUUCAUCGAGUCCCACCGAUGACGGUGGACGGCGAAAGGAAGGUUGUGAUUCAUGAUAGGAAAUGUCUCAUCAAUGUCCCAGAAAGCGUUUUGGAGGUGUGGAGGAGUUAUGAGGCGAAGGGGUGUGCGGAGGAGAAGGAGACGUGA